GCUGGCAGUGCAGACAGUGCCUACCCUCAGAGGCUGACUUGCAGGAGGCAGGUGGCACACCGUAUCCUCUUCCACAAUGGGUGACCAAGCUAUUAGCUUUCUCAAGGACUUUCUUGCUGGUGGUGUCGCUGCAGCUAUUUCCAAAACUGCUGUGGCCCCCAUCGAAAGAGUUAAAUUGCUGCUGCAGGUCCAGCAUGCCAGUAAGCAGAUAACUGCUGACAUGCAAUACAAGGGAAUCAUUGAUUGUGUAGUCAGAAUUCCCAAGGAACAAGGCUUCAUUUCCUUCUGGAGAGGCAAUCUUGCCAAUGUCAUCCGUUACUUCCCAACUCAAGCCCUCAACUUUGCCUUCAAGGACAAAUACAAGCAGAUCUUUCUGGGGGGAGUAGACAGGCACACUCAAUUCUGGAGGUUUUUCCUCGGUAAUCUGGCAUCCGGUGGAGCUGCUGGUGCCACAUCCCUCUGUUUUGUGUACCCCCUGGAUUUUGCCAGAACCCGUCUGGCUGCUGACGUCGGCAAAGGUGCAGCCCAGAGAGAGUUUUCUGGCCUUGGAAACUGCUUAACCAAGAUCUUCAAGUCAGAUGGCCUUAAAGGUUUAUACCAGGGAUUUAAUGUGUCUGUCCAAGGCAUUAUCAUCUACAGAGCAGCUUACUUUGGUGUCUAUGAUACUGCAAAGGGCAUGCUGCCAGAUCCCAAGAACGUGCACAUUAUUGUGAGCUGGAUGAUCGCUCAGUCCGUCACUGCCGUCGCCGGUCUUGUCUCCUAUCCUUUUGAUACUGUAAGACGUCGUAUGAUGAUGCAGUCUGGCAGGAAAGGAGCUGAUAUUAUGUACAAGGGAACAAUUGACUGCUGGAAGAAGAUUGCUAAAGAUGAGGGCGGUAAAGCUUUCUUUAAGGGUGCUUUGUCCAACGUGCUGAGAGGCAUGGGUGGUGCAUUUGUACUUGUGCUGUAUGAUGAAAUCAAGAAAUAUGCAUAAAUUCAAUUUUCCAGUAUAUAGCCCGUUCAAUACACCGCAUAAUGGCUGUGGAGCAUCUGGUUCCAGGGACGAAACAAAAAAGUAUUUCCUAGGGAAAUUACCACGGCACGAAGGGGACACGUGCAACCUUGCCAUAUGAAUGGGUCUUCGCAUUUUGUAUACAAAUAACUGAAUUCACAGAAACCUGGGCACCACCUUUAAUAACAGUAUUACUAAUGUAACUUAUUAAAUAACGAGCAAUACAUGUCUUACCAAGACUAGUUAAGCUCUUUCGUCCUAGACCAACGAUAGCCCUUAACUCAUUUACUGAAGAUUAUAGAAUCAUCCUAUAUAGAUAUUUAAUGUGUCAGUAGCAAUUGGGUACAAUUGUCAGCUGAGUUGUUCACAUAUAUAUAUGGUGAAAAUAAAAUAUUUUAAAAAAUGA